AUGGAAGCCUUCUACGGAUCGUGGCAAGUGAAAAGCAGUGAUGACGUGAGUGUGCUAGCUAAACGCCUGGGGCUCGAAAUACCCAAAGACAAAUUAACCCAAAUGUCCAAUUCGGUCCUGGUUUUCGCCCCAGUUGCCGCCGACCACUACAACAUGCAAGUAAAAAUGGGCCCAGUGACUCACGACACAAAUUUCAAGCUGGGUGAGGAGUUCGAGCACACUACACUGGAUGGUCGACCCGUUAAGGCAAGAUUCUGGCUCAAUAUUUAUUCCUUUUUCAUGCUUGUUUUUACCGAGACAUCUUCUCCAUGUAAACUUGGUGUAAUUAAAUGUGCUAGUCCUCUUGGCUGACUGUCUCCACUAAUCUCAACCGGAAGCGACGGUCAGCCAAUUCUCUGUAUCGCGUCAUACCGACGUUGGACUUUGAAACUCCGGAGAUAGGUGUGGUAGAAAGGAUAAACUGGAUUGUACUGACUUUCAUCAACCCACUAGACGAUGCGUACUUAAUUAAUGUAUAUGCAUACAUAUAUGUGUGUCCGUGUAUACAUACAUAUAUACAGAACUGUUUAGGGCUUCAUUGCAUUCACCCAGACAAUCACAGUCCAUACGAAGCAUAUUUGCCUAAGGAAGCCAAUCGAUCGGCGUGUGCCCAAUCCUGAGUGAAUGCAUAUUUGAUCUACAUAACUUACUAUCAUUGUUAUAUGCUUACAUACAGUUGCAAGUAAAUGUUUACGAUGGCGGGCCAAAUUCGAAAUUACUUGGUUGGAAAUACGAUAAAUUUGUGUUCAAAACCUUUGUAGAUGUUGAUGAAACUGGAUGGCAGCAAAUUGACAAUCGACCAGAAAGGAGACAAAGCCAUGCUCGUUGAGAACGUUGUGGAUGGUAACAAUUUAACAAUGGUGAGUAAAAACCAGCCAUUGUGCUUUUUCGUUAAGGCGCAGAUGAUAGGGCAUUUUUGUAUGUAGCAAUCCUGCAGAGGAAGAAUGGACGACCACCCCCCCCCCCUCAUAUGAAGUCGUCUUCAGUUCACGACGGCCAUAAUGCCAGGAAAAGGCCCGUUAAACAGCUGCAAGAAAGAGAGGAAAUUAUUUUAUGCAUAAGCUAGCCUGUGCCUUAAAGGGUUGCUGGGCAGAGUGUUUUUACACCAUAUGCGCCUUUGAGGGGGGUUUCAUUUCAGAUUAUCCGACUGACUGUAACUACACCGGCAGUGAUUUCGUAAAAUUGUCCAAGUGCCAAGGUGGAAAAUUCGAAGAUCCCAAAACAGAAAGCAGGAAAGAGAGCCUGAUCGGAAAGUCAUAUUGAAACGACAGGGUGUACAGGCAGCUCAGCAAGCAGUCGCAGCAAGCGUUCGCACCAGGCCAGCGUUAGCCGAAGUGCAUGCGUCUAAGUUUUAUUCGGUCGCCGCCAAUCGGUGAAGAGGGCAGUGCAACCAGCGCCGCGGUAUCUUCUAGCUGGAUAUUGUCACACGCACUAUAGUGGUGACUUACAGGCAGACUAGGUGACCUGAGCCAGCCCUCUGUGCGAGCCAGGAUAAUUUGGAAAUGCAUGAGACGCAAAUUUAGGAAAUACGAUUGUCCCUGGAAGUUCACAAGGACGAGGCUUGUAAUUGCCAUGGCUGAAGUAAUAGAAUGUCCUUGUAGGAUUUAUAAGUGAAACCGCAAUUUAAAUUUUGCUAUCACGAAACUCACUGAAGAAAGAACGAUCAGAUAUUAAAAGAGGUGAUGAUUUCCGUUUAAUCAUCGUGUUCUCGGUGUUUUGUUUCGUAUAAAUUUCGCCCAGCAGCGAGCUCAUUCUAAAAUCCCCUUUUAUGCUCUUUUUGCAGACUCUGAAAGUGGGCGACGUGUCUUGUGUUCGACACUACACCAAAGCUUAA